GCGAAGCACUCGUAAUCAUAUGCCAAUUUCUUCACACCCCUGUCUCGCGUGGUUAUACAUUACUGUUGCCGAAAUCAAUUUUGGAGCUUUCAGUUUCAGUUUGGAAUUCUCACGUUUUCCCGGAGUCAACAGUGAAUUGAAAGAAAAACUAAAAUACGUCUAUAAUGUUGCGCAAUAUACAGUUUCCCUAAUUAACAUCCUUUGCCUAUAGCUCUAAUCAAAAAGAGGCGUAAGACUGUGACUUCAACAGAGGGUGUAGAUUCGGGACAGCGCAGCACCGGGCGUUAUUAUGGAAGGAUGGAGAUCUGGCUGAGCCCCAAACACCGACUCCCCUGCUGCAAGCUCCGGUAGUGUCUUGGGCAAAAUGCAUUGUAUUUACCGAGCACCUAUCCAAAUAACACAGUCUCUGCAAGAGAGCGAAAACCCGGAUUGCGGCGAGUUGUUUCCGCGUGUUUGACAGUAAUUGGGAGUCAUCAAUGACUUCUAUAGCAAAGACCUACUGAUGGAAUAACGUAACCUGUUAACACGCAAGGAAACCUCACAACGUCGGUUUUGUCGCUCCAUUCCUUUUCCGAAAGAGUGUGAGGAAUGUUUGGGAAACAGAAACGAAGGCUGUUUGGUGUUCUUUCAUUACCGGUAAUUGUGGCAGUGAUGUGCUGUGCUCAAAGCGCCAAUGGACCAGGAAAUAUGUCUUUUGUCAAGGAGACGGUAGACAAGCUGUUGAAAGGGUACGACAUUCGUCUUCGACCUGACUUUGGAGGUGCACCGGUGGCAGUUGGGAUGAGCAUCGAUGUGGCGAGCAUAGACAUGGUGUCUGAGGUCAACAUGGACUACACGCUGACCAUGUAUUUCCAGCAGUACUGGAGGGACAAGCGGCUAGCAUAUUCUGGAAUCCCUCUUAAUCUCACGCUGGAUAACAGGGUGGCCGACCAGCUCUGGGUUCCUGACACAUAUUUCCUAAAUGACAAGAAGUCAUUUGUCCAUGGUGUCACGGUGAAGAACCGCAUGAUCCGUCUGCACCCAGAUGGCACAGUCCUUUAUGGAUUAAGAAUCACCACCACAGCUGCUUGCAUGAUGGAUCUGAGGAGGUAUCCAUUAGAUGAACAGAACUGCACUCUGGAGAUAGAGAGUUAUGGAUACACAACAGAUGAUAUCGAGUUUUACUGGAAGGGAGGAGAAAAUGCGGUGACUGGUGUGUCGCGAAUCGAGCUCCCACAGUUCUCCAUUGUGGACUACAAACUCGUUUCCAGAAAUGUCGUCUUUUCCACAGGUGCCUACCCUCGACUGUCUUUGAGCUUCAAGCUGAAGAGAAACAUCGGUUACUUCAUCUUACAGACCUACAUGCCCUCGAUCCUGAUCACCAUCCUGUCCUGGGUAUCCUUCUGGAUUAACUAUGAUGCCUCAGCAGCCAGAGUGGCAUUAGGUAUCACCACUGUGCUGACCAUGACCACCAUCAACACCCACCUGAGGGAAACACUUCCAAAGAUCCCAUACGUCAAGGCCAUAGACAUGUAUCUGAUGGGCUGCUUCGUCUUUGUCUUCUUGGCUCUGCUGGAAUAUGCUUUUGUCAACUACAUUUUCUUUGGCCGAGGCCCUCAGAUGCAAAAGAAACUGGCUGAGAAAGCUGAAAAAGCCAAUAAUGACCGCAACAAAUACGACGGCAACAAGCCUGUUCAAGAUGGAGGCAACUGCAAGCCAUCAGCCGUUAAACAAUCCAAUCAGGUACAAGGCCAUCGUCAUUCACGAGGGGUGGACUCCCAGGGAAAUAUCCUUCUGACCACCCUUGAGAUCCACAACGAGGUGGCCGGGAACGAGAUCACCACCAGCGUCAGCGAGGCCCGAAACUCCACAUCAAUGGUAUUUGAUAACUCAGGGAUCCAAUAUCGAAAGCAGAGCACAGCACGGCCCGAAACGGCACGCCACAGUCUGGACAGGAAUGCGCAGCUGAAGAAGCCGCGGCUGCGCAGACGUUCUUCGCAGCUUAAAAUCAAAAUUCCUGACCUCACAGACGUGAACUCCAUCGAUCGAUGGUCGCGGAUAAUAUUUCCCGCCGCAUUCUCCCUUUUCAACUUGAUCUACUGGCUGUACUACGUGAAUUAGGCUUCGGAUGUCAAUGGGCUUUCCCCCUUUGCAGUUAUUUUUCAUGUUGCCAAGUGGAAAAUGGAGACUUUUUUGCUCCGACUAAAGGACGUACUAAUACGCUAUAUAUAUAUAUCUAUCAAGGUUUUUCUACAUUUAAACCCUUCCAGGGGUUCAGAGGAAGUACUACCUGCACUAAAAGGGGCUAUCUCAUCACAUGCCCACACGACAUACUCAAACAUUCCCAUUCACAAACACAUAAAUCAAUUUUCUAAAGACUCUUUCUGUAUAUAGGUAUUGAAUUUUUUGAAGCCACAAGACUUCCGCAUGAUGCACUGUUUUUAAUUCGUACAAUCUGGAUAUGAAGUCAUGGAUUGCUGUAUGUUAUCCCGAUUGAAGGAUGCUGUUUGCGAAUGUUUCAUGCCAAUAAAUCUGUGUUUGUUUGUUUGGAGGGCAGGAGAUUGAUAUUAAAAGAAUAUUAUAUUAUGAUAUUAUAAUGUUAUUAAAGAAGAAUGUGGAAGCGCAAUAUAGAGAAAAAUGUAGGUGGAAUUACAUCUUCUACAUCAGCUGUUCUAAACUUUACACUUUGCUGUUUUGAUCUUAUUUAGACAAAGUUUGUGUAUAAUCAUGUUAUGAUAUGCUUUUGGAACGUCAUUUCCAUCUGCCUUGGGUUGAUAUGAUUAUAUGCCACUUUUUGCAAUCAUCAUGUAAAGUGCUACGGUACAUGUAAGAUAAGAUUGUACACUUAUCUAAUUUCAAGGAUAUCAAAAAAGAAAAAAAAACAUCAGAAAUGUGGAAUAUCUGAAUCAGGGCCUGCAGAGGAUUUCCAUCAUUCCAUCAUAAACAUCAGUAGACAAACAUUUCUGACAUUGUGUUUCAGAUGUGUCGCUUUUUGUUAGUGUAUGUGUAGUCAACAACCGUAUGAUUUUCAAGUGAGUGAUCCCCUCCUUUUCUAGGAAUGCUUGAGUCAUUGUUUUAUUAAGAUAUUAUUGUAGGCCUUACGUAAACAGUGUGGCCCAUAUUUGAGACGCAUUGCAUUUUAUUUUCUUCACUAUAGGAGGGGAAGGUUACUUUCAGUGAAUGAAAACGCUGCAUUUGAGAGGAUUGUACAUUGACAUCGAUACACAACUUGUCUCAGGUUCUCCUCUAAUAUAAUAAUGACCCAUAUUUCUCAACGUCUUAUUUGUUGUAAUUCAUUUGUAUUAUAUCCUCUUGUACAGCGCCAUCACAGAUUUUUCUUGAUGUAGAGACCGCAUGAUAUCGUUUGCAUAUAGAGAUUGUAUUUUGAUUUUGUUCGAGACGUUUCUUUACCAACGAUCAUUAUUAGCACUUACUCUGUUUCACGGGCCUGUCUGGAGUAAUGCUGUAUACUUAACUCAUGCUUGCAAACCGUCUAAAUAUAUUUAUAAAUCUCUUUAAAAUAUUCUGUGUGUGUUGAUAACAUGCCAUUUUAACAUGUUGCUCUGUGUCAGUAGAUGCUCAUUAUUCUUUAAUUGCUUUUUUUCCUCUUCUAUUGUAUGUUGUACAUAUAUAACCCACAAUCCACAUGUGUGACCCAUCUUUUUUUGUAAUAUUCAGUUUUGAAGGUUUAUUCUGUACAGUCCACCCCCAAAUAAUCACCAGAUCUCUAUUUAUGAAAUGUGUUAACAUGAUUAGAUAAUGAGGGGGUGAAUGUGCAGGGGGCAAUAUGAAGAAACGGAAUAAAGUUUACUCUUUCAAGUAUA